UGGGCAUAGUCUCAUGUCAACGAUGUUAAAUAUUUUAAAGCUUAUAUUAUUUGUUUAUGUUUAUAGUAAUAAAGUCAAUAACCUUUGGCUGAGACUAAUACGCAGGAAACGAAAAAAAAGCUGGACGUGCAUAUCAUGACUCAGUGUAGCUACCUUAAGCCACCAAACAUCGAGAUUUCAGGUCGGAAAAUAAAAUGGUGGCUGCAGUACUUAUGCCAACUAUUAGUUUCAGAGACGAAAGUGCUCGCGAGGAUUGGCAAGUUCUAAGCAGAAACGAUUCAAAGAAGAAGAUUCUAGUCAAGCAAACGAGUAUGAUGCAAUCCGAGAGAGAGAUAUCGAUGGAUCCGAAAUCAAUCAGGUCGUUGUCUAUGUCGGGUUCGUUGAGAAGGAACGAUAGCUUCGAUAUGGUUCGUUUACCGGCAAUGUCACCUCCUAGAGACUUAGAUUCGCCUAUGCCUCUUCCUUUGCAGCCAGUGCAGACUACUGGUUCUCCUAAACAACGUUCAGGUCUCAUGCGGGCGCUCAGAAACAGGGAACAAGACAGCCUCCCAAACUCUCCUAAACAACGUUCAGGUCUCAUGCGGGCGUUCAGAAACAAGGACCAAGACAGCCUUCCAAACUCAACCACUGGUUCUCCUAAACAACGUUCAGGUCUCAUGCGGGCCCUCAGAAACAAGGAACAAGACAGCCUCCCAAACUCAACCACUGGUUCUCCAAAACAACGUUCAGGUCUCAUGCGGGCCCUCAGAAACAAGGAACAAGACUCGUCUUCGGCGUCGUACAAGAGAAGCAAAUCUUGUGGGUCUACUAGCAAGACACUCUCUCAUAAGAGCAGCGGAAUCAGAAACUCUUUCUUCAUUAAAACCGAUUCGAACAAGAGCAUCAGCAAUAAUAGUACAUUAGAAGACAGAUUCAAAUGCAACGCUCUGUGUUUAUUCCUCCCCGGUUUCAGUAAAGGAAAACCGAUCAGAUCAUCACAGAAAGACGAUUCUUCUUCCUUCACCCGAACCACCACGAUGACGAGAUCAUCAUCCUCUACCAUUACCGUUUCAAGAACAGUCUCCGUCAGAGAAUCCACCACCACUACCACAGUGAUCUCCGCUCGAGCUUCAAUGGAGAAAUUCGAUUGCGGCUCAUAUACUUCGGAAUCCUGCGGAGAGGAAGGAGGAAAUCACUUCUUUGACUUACCGUCCGAGCUAAUCAAAAGUGGUUCAGGUGAUAACGACCAUGACGAACCGGUUUCAGCGGCUUUCGUGUUCGACAAGGAACCUGUUGAGAAAGAGAUCAAAGGUGUUUUAAAGGUUUCUGGUUCGAAAAACAGAAAAGCAAUGGAGUCUCCUUCACUGCGUCAGGUUCGAUUCUCCACAUCAUCGCCGGUUUCAUACCCGACGUCUCCGGCGAUCUCUCCACGGUUAUUAGAAGCCACCAAGAAUUUUAAUGCUUUCUUGGAAGCUCAAGCCGUUUAAAUGAUGGACUCUUAACUACAAUAUAAAAUAUAAGCUGUAAUAUACCAAAGUCUUGCUAAAUAUUUUUCUUUGGGAAAUUAAUAUCGUUUUUCACCUCCGAG